CCCCAGCUGUCACACCCACUUUUUUAACUGCAAUGCACUGUGGGACUGCGGCGGAGCUAGGCGGUGAGCGAGUGUUGCAACCAGCGCUCAGAAAUGGACGUCUUUCUAAUGAUCCGGCGUCACAAGACGACGAUCUUCACCGACGCCAAGGAGUCUACUACUGUGUACGAGCUCAAGCGCAUUGUGGAGGGGAUUCUGAAGAGAUCUCCCGAGGACCAGAGACUCUUCAAGGACGAACAGCUGCUGGACGACAGUAAGACUCUGGGUGACUAUGGCUACACCAACCAGACAGCUCGACCUCAGGCACCCGCUACUGUUGGACUAGCCUUCCGACUCACUGGCGACACGUUUGAGGUGCUGCAGGUGGAGUCCUUCUCCAGUCCCCCGGAGCUGCCCGACGUCAUGAAGCCGCAGGACUCCGGCACCACCGCCAACGAGCAGUCCGUACAGUGAACACCCAGAAGAGAGGGAUGAAGAUGGAGGAGGAGGGGAGUGACGGAGGAGGAGAGGGUUGUAGUGAUGGAGGAGAGGAGAGGAGGACAACAGAAGCUGGAGAGUGUUCCACAUCAAAAGAAAAAUUGGAUGGACUACACACAUGCACAUGCAGACAGACAUGCAUGCACACAGACACACAUUCACACACACACACACACACACACACACACACACACACACACACACACACACACACACACACACACACAUUUUCAAUGGGGCUAAAUAAAUUCUCAUUAAUUUACACACACAGUAGUCUUUUGCAACAUAGCGCAUGUGCGCACGAACACACACACACGCACACACACACACGCACACACGCACACACAUACACACACACAGCAAGAGAGAUGAGAGAAGUUGGCUCAAUGAUCACUGUCUCCACCACUGGCUUUAUGUCUUUAGCUUCAUCAGGCUACACAACACCAUCUGGGACACACACACACACACACACACACACACACACACACACACACACACACACACACACACACACACACACACACACACACAUGCGCGCACAUACACACACACUGAGGCAAUCUUCAACUUAAAAUUGAAUGACAGUGAUGUACACAAAACUCUCAACUUAAAAUCAAAACACACACACACACACACACACACACACACACACACACACACACACACGGCCAGUCAGUCUGGUGAGAAGCAUAUGUUCUGCAUAACUAACCUGUCCGGGAUUCACAAGUUAAUUAUUUCACAGUUUCACUGUUUUAAAGAGCUUCUUCAGUAAGUCAGAUUGUGGUCAGCAGAGUCGGCAUGCCUGACUGUAUUUAAUAUUCACUAGUGGUUCUUCAUUUUGUUUCGUUCCCCCUUUUUUUGUCUCUUUUCCCCCCAUGUGUUUGGAAGUUGUAUGAAUGACCUAAGCUUUUUUUUUUGUUUGUUUCUUUUCUUUUCUUUUUUUUUUGCCGAGACGGAGUAAGGAUGGUUUUAGCUGUAAAGCAUCUAGUUUUGUUGUUUAUUAUUAAAAAGAAAAGAUUAUUUGUUAUAACUCCUUCUCGAGUACCGUUUUAGGUGGUGUGAAAAAGACUUCUGUGUUUAAAAAAAAAAGAAAACUUUUUUUUUAAAAGAUGGAAAAAAAAAACCCAACGGAAAACGUAUAACAUGGCGGGUAAACCCAUGCAUGAGUCCUUCCUGCGCGGGGCAGGGGCACGGGGAGAUGCGGACGUGCACGCUUGGAACAUUGACCUUUUGACCUUUUAACCCCCCCCAAAAAAGGCUUCCCCAUGACCUCUUGUGGGGCGAGUGCAGUGGUGGUCUGGCCUAGUCUAGCCCAGCCUUCCCUAGCCCAGAGGCCAAUAGCUUUUUUUCCCCUUCAGUGUGCAGACAGAGCAGCGCUACUAUCCUAUCCACUUACACACACACACACACACACACACACACACACACACACACACACACACACACACACACACACACACACACACACACACCCUUCUCCUGUGCAAAGGUAAUACAAACACACACGCUCGCACACACCAUUUAGCCCUCACCCCCUUUCACUUGCGCCUGCACAGCCUCACUCAUUCUUUAGUAUAUACAUAUAUAUAUAUUACCUGAUUUAGGCCUGAAGAGAGAAACACCCUUUUUCCAAGGGUUCAACUGUAAUCUGUUAUUAUUAUUAUUAUUAUUAUUAUUAUUAUUAUUAUUAUUAUUCAGGUAAUUUUAGUUUUUGAGUUUAAGUUUAAACAUUAACUGAUUUGGUGUUUUACUAGAAGCGAUACUCUUUUGGUUUACCCCCCACCCCCCCUUACCCCCUACUCAGUCUAUGGCGACCAGUGGAGCAGCACUCUAGAAGGUUCCAUUUGCCAUAAUUCUGGAAUCAACGCUAGAGGGUUCCGUCUGUCUUGAUCUGGAACCCACGCUGGAAGGUUUACGUUUGUCAUAGUUCUGGAAUCCACGCUAGAAGGUUCUGUAAGCCAUAGUUCUGGAAUCCAGGCUUGCUAUUGGAUGGGGAGGCUGCCUCUCAUGGCAUGGGUGUCGUUGAAACCCUUGCCCCUGUUCUCAUAGGGAUGCCAUGUUUUGUGAUGUAUGCUUACCUCUUCAGUAGACCUACAGACUGACUAUUCGUCCUAGUGUGAAACCCCCACGAGCAGUCAUGCUUUUGCAGAUGAGACGUGCAGUUGUUUUUUGUUUUUUUUUGGACGUAAUAUUGGUCUCCUGGGGAGAAAAAAAAGAAAACGCCUCAGAAAUUAGCGCACCUCUGCAAAGUUUGGACACCAUGUCUGAUUUUUUUUUCCUCAGUUUUUUUUCUUUUUCUUUUUUUUUUUGUUGUUCAGUGUAAUAUAUUUAAUAAUGAGGCGGAAGGGAGAGGUGAUUUGACUGGUUAGAGACUUCUUAUUCAACCUCAUGUAACAUCCGACAAAGAAGAUAAAAAAAAGAAAGAAAGAAAAACCCAGUGACUUGUUUCUCUCCCUUUUUGCUCCAAACAAAUGCUAAACAUAGCCUGUAACUGUGAGCUGAAUAAAUAUUUUUUUCUUUUCA